CCAUACAAAAUGGCGCCAAUGUUUACAAACAAAAAGAAAGGCCUCGGCGCGGAGUACGAGUAGAUGCAUCGUCGUUGUCGCCCCCGCUGUUGUCGCCAACAUUUUACCGCAGAGUACGUUUCAGCUGUCUCCACCUUGCGUGUGUUCAAAGCCCAUACUGUCGUACGGCGCGGAUCGGAGCACGUAUUACACGAAACAGUCGUUGAUAAAGCGCGACUUGUUUUUCUUUGAUCGAGCAACGGCGGUGACGUCACGUCAGACGCCCUCAUUCAGCAAGUCGGUGCAAGGAUUGAGUUUCACGGCUAACACAUUGAGCCUUAACUUGUGGGAAAUUUGGAGCGAUUCGCUUAAUCGACUGCAGGAUCUUUCUCUGCAACAUUGAUCUUGAUUUCUCUGGUAAUUACAGUCACGACCCUGACAGCGGAGUCCUGUCUGGAAUCUGCUGAUUCGGAAUCAGUCAAGGAGAGACUUGAGGAGGGUUACGUUCAGCCCCGGUGAUGAUGCUUUCAUAAUCUGCAGCAUUCUGUAAAGGCGUACGGUAAGCACUCCAGUCAAAUGUACAAAAAGGACCUGAUCUAUGAUGAGCUGAUUAGAGGGUCCACAAGGGUGAGGAACCAUUCGCUUGUGCAACUUCUACAUGCAAGUAAUCUUCAACGGCACGACAUGAAUCACACUGGUGAGAAACUUGAGACCAGUGGAAAAUCCUUCACUUCACAGGGUGAUCUAGGCACAUGUGAAGGGAUGCACACGGGACAGACGACAGUCAUUUUCCAAUCUGUCGUAAAACCUUUCUGACACAAGGUGUAGUCUGAGCAUACAAGACAUGUUGCGGAUGGCGAGAAACCAUUGUUUUGUUUGACUGUUGGUAAACUGUAAAAGUGACGUGCGUACACACGAAAGGUUACUCGCGGGAGAGAAAUCAUCGUUUGUAGGAUUUGUGGCAAAAUUAUCGGGACAUGGAACAAACUAAGCAGAAAACAUUCGUUUGUGAGACCUGUGGCAAAGCUUUUAGUUGUCGAGCUUAUCUAAACAGACAUGACAGGAUGCACACGGGUGAGAAACCAUUCGUUUGUGCAACCUGCGGUAAAGCCUUUACUCAGCGAAGUCAUCGUAACCUACACGAGAGGAGGUGGCACACUAAUGAGAAACCAUUCGUUUGUGAGACCUGUGGUAAAGCCUUUACCCUGCGAAGUAGCCUCAACAUGCAUGAGGUGAUUCACACUGGUGAGAAACCAUUCCUUUGUACAACCUGUGGUAAAACCUUUUCACAACUACGUCUUCUAAAAGUUCAUGGGAGGAUUCACACUGGCGAGAAACCAUUCGUUUGUGUAACCUGCGGUAAAGCUUUUACUGAUCCAAGUGGUCUUCGCCAGCAUAAAAUAAUGCACACUGGGGAGAAACCAUUUGUCUGUGAGACCUGUGGUAAAGCCUUUGCUCGACGAGGUCAUCUUAAUGGACAUUAUAAGAGCGUGCACACCUGCAGGAAACCAUUCCAUUCUGAAACCUGUGAUGAAACUUUAAUUAUUCAGCAAUGUGAUCCAAACAGACAAGGCAGGAUUAACACUGACGUGAAACCAUUUGUUUGUGAAACCUGUGGUGAAGCCUUCACUCAGCAAAAUGAUCUAAACUUACAUGCGUGUGUUCACACUGACGUGAAACCAUUUGUUUGUGAAACCUGUUGCGAAGCUUUUACCCAGCAAAAUGAUCUAAACUUACAUGCCAGCGUUCACACUGAAGCGAAACAAUUCGUUUGUGAAACCUUUGGUGAAGCCUUUACUCAGCAAAAUGAUCUAAACUUACAUGCCAGCGUUCACACUGACGCGAAACCAUUCGUUUGUGAAACCUUUGGUGAAGCCUUCACUCAGCAAAAUGAUCUAAACUUACAUGCCAGCGUUCACACUGACGCGAAACCAUUCGUUUGUGAAACCUGUGGUGAAGCCUUUACUCAGCAAAAUGAUCUAAAGUUACACGUCAGUGUUCACACUGACGUGAAACCAUUCGUUUGUGAAACCUUUGGUGAAGCCUUUACUCAGCAAAAUGAUCUAAACUUACAUGCCGGUGUUCACACUGACGUGACCUCAUUCGUUUGUGAAACCUGUGGUGAAGCCUUCACCCAGCAAAAUGAUCUAAACUUACAUGCCAGCGGUCACAUUGACGUGACACCCUUCGUUUGUGAAACCUGUGGUGAAGCCUUUACUCAGCAAAAUGAUCUAAACGUACAUGCGUGGGUUCACACUGACGUGAAACCGUUCGUUUGUGAAACCUGUGGUAAUAUUUUUGAGGAACUUCUGGCACUUCGACAACAUGAGAAGAUUCACACGGGUGAGAAAUCAUUCUGUGACAGUGCAAACUGUGGUAAAACUUCAACUACGCAAAGUAGCAGAAACAAACAGAACAAAGUCGACACUGGAGAGAAACCAUUCGUUUGUGAGAUAUGUGGUAAAGCUUUUAGUUGUCGAGCUUAUUUAAACAGACAUGACAGGAUGCACACGGGUGAGAAACCAUUCGUUUGUGCAACCUGCGGUAAAGCCUUCACUCAGCGAAGUCAUCGUAACCUACACGAGAGGAGGUUGCACACUAAUGAGAAACCAUUCGUUUGUGAUACCUGUGGUAAAGCCUUUACCCUGCGGAGUAGCCUCAACACACAUGAGAUGAUUCACACUGGUGAGAAACCAUUCCUUUGUACAACCUGUGGUAAAACCUUUUCACAACUACGUCUUCUAAAGGUUCAUGGGAGGAUUCACACUGGCGAGAAACUAUUCGUUUGUGUAACCUGCGGUAAAGCUUUUACUGAUCCAAGUGGUCUUCGCCAGCAUAAAAGAAUGCACACUGGUGAGAAACCAUUUGUCUGUGAGACUUGUGGUAAAGCCUUUGCUCGACGAGGUCAUCUUAAUGGACAUAAGAGCAUGCACACUUGCAGGAAACCAUUCCAUUCUGAAACCUGUGACGAGACUUUAAUUAUUCAGCAAAGUGAUCCAAACAGACAAGGCAGGAUUAACACUGACGUGAAACCAUUCGUUUGUGCAACGUGUGGUAAAACCUUUGCACAACUACGUCUUCUAAAGGUUCAUGGGAGGAUUCACACUGGCGAGAAACCGUUCGUUUGUGUAACCUGCGGUAAAGCUUUUACUGAUCCAAGUGGUCUUCGCCAGCAUAAAAGAUUGCACACUGGGGAGAAACCAUUUGUCUGUGAGACCUGUGGUAAAGCCUUUGCCCGACGAGGUCAUCUUAACGGACAUAAGGGCGUGAAAACUUGCAAGAACCAUGCGAUUCUCAAACCUGUGGUGACACUUUAGUUACUCAGCAAAAUGAUCAAAACAGACAAGUUUAAAACAGACAAUGAUCAAAACAGACAAGACAUAAUUAACACUUACGUGAAACCGUUUGUGCAACCUGUGGUGAAGCCUUUUUUUUGUCAGCAAAAUGAUAUAAACUUAAAUGCCAGUGUUCACACUAACAAACGUGAAAUCAUUCGAUUGUGAAGCCUUUACUCAGCAAAUGCCAGUGUUCAUUCUGACGUGAAACCAUUCGUUUGUGAAAUCUGCGCUGAAGCUUUUACUCAGCAAAACAAAAGAUCUAAACUUACAUGACAGGGUUCACACUAACCAGAAACCACUCGUUUAUGAGACCUGUGGUGAAGAUUUAACUCGCCACAAUGAUCUAAACGGAUAUGACAGGAUUCACACAGACGUAAAACCAUUCAUAUGUGAAAGCUGUGGUGAAAGCUGUGGUGAAAGCUGUGGUGAAACCUGUGGUGAAGCCUUCACUCAAAUGGUCUAAACUUACAUGUCGGCGUUCACACUGACGUGAAACCAUUCGUUUGCGCAACCUGUGGUGAAGCUAAUUUUACUCAGCAAAAUGAUCUAAGGCUACAUCUCAGGGUUCACACUGGUGAAACACCAGAUCGUUUAUGAGACCUGUGGUGAAUGUUUUACUCAGCAAAAUGAUCUGAACAGACUUGCCAGUGUUCACACUGACGUGAACCAUUCGUCUGCAAAACCUGUGAUGAAGUCUUCACUCAGCAAAAUGAUCUUAGCCUACAUUACAGGAUUCACACUGGUGGGAAACCAUUCGUUUGUGGAACCUGUGGUGUAGCCUUUACUCAGCAAAAUGAUAAACAAACAUAUGGUUCACGCACAGUGGUUCACACAUGGUUUACACUGGUCUGCGAGACCUGUGGUGUAGCUUUUACUCCGCAAAAGGCUCUAAACAGACAUACCAGGGAUCAUAUUGAUGAGAAAAUAUUCGUCUGUGAGACAUGGGGUGAAGCAUUUGUUUGUGAGCCCUGUGGUGAAGCUAUUACUUGUCAAGCUGAUCUAAACAGAGAUACAAGAAUGCACACU